AGCAAUCUAUUUCUUUUAUUCAUAUACCGUCUAAGGACCGUACAGGGUUAAAUGUUAUCGUUUUAGUUUAAAAAUGGGUACAAAUACAAUUAUUGUGUUACAUGCUAUUUUGGUGAUCCCCGCAGGGAUACUGGUACUAAUUUAUGAAAUCUGAAUCCUAAGUUUUAAUUUACUCGAAUUCAAAGAUUCGGUUACUUACAUAUUACUCCAAUAAAAACGUAUUAAAUAGAAAGUAUUACUCUAUUUGAGAAAUAGAAUCAUUUUGUUGUAUAAAGUCCAUGUUAGUCGAGUCAAUGAAGCCUUUGGUUGGGAAGUCCUCAAGAACAGCUCCGAUUUUGAUGAAUUUUUUUUAAAUUUUGUUUUUUUAUAUUCUUUAGAAUCAGGAACCUCUUAGAGCGGGGACGGAACUAUUUAUAUUGUUUAAACAAUAUCAACGAUAUUUAUAUAAAAAAUUCAUUUUGGUCUCUAUUUUUUUGUAAAAAAAUCUCCAUAUAUUAAUCUUAUUGUAACAAAUAGUUGUUACAAAAAAGUUUUUAACAAUAAUUUAAUAUAAAAUAAAAAAAAAAAACAUUUAUGUGUUACCUGCAUACGCUACAAAUACUUCUUUUUGCUUACACAUAUGUGGACGAGGAUCUCUUUAGUAUGUUUUUUCAAUAUUAUUUUCGAUUAAAUUAAGAAAUAAAAUUAGAGGUUUUAACUUCAAAGAUAUGAAAAUUACCACAAAGAUACUGUUAAAUUUUUAUUGAUCAUUAGCAGUAAAAUCAAAAGUUAAUAAAACUGCAGUCACUAUAAGUCCAAAUUUAAUUUUCCAAUAUUUUCAACAGUAUAUUAGAUAUUUACAUAAUAAUUAUGGCACUAAUGUUAAAGUUGUAUUUGAUGGAUAUAGUAAUGGAAGUGUCUGAGAGAAAUCGUAGAUUUAUCGGCAAUACAUUUAUUGAUUAUUUAUUUGAAGAAGACAUGCCUUUAAACACAACGAAAGAGAAACUUUUAGGUAAUAGCAAAAAUAAAAAUAGAUUUAUUAAUCUUCUCUGCAAAAAACUAGGCGAAAAUAAUAUUGAGUGGAGACAAGCUGAAUGUGAUGCUGAUCGAUUAAUUGUGCAAUCUGCUAUAGAUUGUUCCUCUCUUCAAGUAGUUGUUGUAGCUGAAUAUAUUGAUGUGUUAGAUUUAUUGAUGGCUUUAGCACCUGAUGAUAAAGAAAUGUUUUUUUAAACCACUAAAAAAUAAUAUCUUGCAACGAGCUUACCCAACAAAAACAAUAUUAGAGAAAUAUCCAAAUAUUAACAAAAACCAUCUGUUUUUUAUUAAUGCAUUAAUGCAUACUACAUCCGCUUUCUAUAACAAAGGAAAAAAUAGCUGAGAAUUUUUUGAUUGAAGAGCACAAUGAAGAAGUGCUUUUUAAUGAUGGUAUUGAUUGUAUUCUAACAAUGUAUGGUGCUAAAACUGCCAAAUGCUUGAAUGAACUGCGAUCUAAACGUUUCAUAGCAUUAGCUUCAAAAAAUAAAAGCGUACAAUUAAUACAAUUAAUUCGUUACCUCCGACAGAAGAUGCAGCAAAACAAUAUAUUAAAAGAGUGUACUUACAACUUCAGCAAUGGAAAAAUAAUUCAUCGAUACCACCUGAAGAAUGGGGUUGGCACAACCAGCAGCACAUGACAUCGUUUUAAAAUUGAUAUUUUGCUUUUGCAUAACAGGAUGCGGUUCAGCGUGUGGCUGCAGGCUGCAGGCUGUGGUCUUCAUUGCUCACCACCCACCACUUGAAGAAGAUGAAGAAGUCUCCGAAACGCGAAAUGAGAAUGAAAAUUAAAUGUACUUUUUUGUAUAUAAAAUAAUAAAUUUUCUAUGGACAAUAAAAAAUUUACGUAUAUUUUGGUCCACAAAUUAAUUCCAUGUCAUUACUACACAGAACAAACUUAUAGGUAAUUGUUAUAACAUUCAUUAAUAUAUUUACAAGUUUUUAAUGGAUAUUGUAUAGUAGAAAUUUUUUUGUGCAUAAAUAUCACAGAUAUUGUUUAAACAAGAUAAAUAAUUCCGUCCCCACUCCAAGAGGUUUCUGAUUUUAAAGAAUAUAGAAAAAUGUUCUUGAGGACUUCCGAAGAUUGCCUGUUUUAUGUAUUCAUUGACGCGACUAUGUAUCUAUAUAAAAAAAAAUAAUAAUGAUAUUGAGAUAUUUAUCUAGUUGCAGCCAAUGUUUCAAAAAAUAUUUUUAUAAUGACCAAAACUGGAACAAAACGUAAAUAAAAGGAUUGUUCAUUAAAUUAAACCUAAUAUAAAAAUCAUCUGCCACUCGUAUGUAUGAAUUUUGCACCGAAUAACUACCGCGACUUCCUCUCACUUAACAGCCAUCGAUGGAUGGAAUUUCUUUCGCGGACGCUUGUUCGCUUACCUCUCGCCGAUGUCGUCGUCGUGGUGUUAUUCACCGCCUCCUCGUAAGCUUUUGCCGAAGGAAUCGAAAACUAGGUGAACAAGUCAGUCGCAAGUCCGUCAUCAACUCUAUCCGCGGAACACAGCGACGCGACCAAUUUGACGGUUCACUUGUUAUCAAGGACACGAGAGUGAAGUAACUUUGUGCGAUUUUUUUGGAAAAAUUCCACCACCCGCAAAGGGUUAAUUGUGAUAUUCACCGUGGUGGAAAUGACACGUGCUUCGCGUGUGAUUGUAUUCCAUAUGUUCGGUUGCUGAUCGUGUGUGAUAUUGUUGUUUAUUGUUUAUUUUGUGUGAUAAUUUUUAUGUGUCGCUUCUGGGAUUAUUCCUUUGGAUUAACGUUUCCUGCCGCAACAUGCUGGGAGGUUAUUACGACAGGAAUCCGUUACUGAAGGGGAAUUUAAAUAGCGUGGAACGAGACCGCCUCCGUGAGCGGGAACGGCAGGCGCGGGCCCAGAUGUCGUCACAAGUCGCGGAACAAGAAAGUCCGGGACCGCCCGGAAAUUGCCUUUUCGAACUACCAAUCCGAGUAAACCCGUCCGCAGCAGAUCCCGUCACACAACAAAUUCAAAGUAAAUUGGGAGAUUUUCAAAGAGUGAAACAUCUUUUAGACCACAGAGGAGAAGGACUAAUUGGUGUGGAUGGAGUACCACCAAGUCCAGGAGUACCACAAUCUCCUACUCUCACAUCCAGACAUCAUAAUCCGUUCGGCCAGGUGGCAAGUGGCUCUAGCAGACAUCAAGUCCUACCAGAUCCACGGCCUGAAUUUAAAAAACCUCACCAUCAACCACAACAUUCAAAUCAUCAGCGGGGCGGUUACAUGAAGAAUGCAGAAGGGAAACCUCCUUACGGAGGACGAGGUAGUUAUCCUGGUCAACCUGUAAAGCAUGGCAGCACGAGUAGUACUACAAGUCAUCGCUCAAAUGGUAUAUUACCGGCGAAAGGGCCACCAUUAGGGCCAUCUACGUCGCUGCCAGUAACAUUAUCGACGUCAUCAAGGUUACACAGCAGCGUGGGAGAUAGACAUUUAAGGCUUAAUGUUGAACAAAAAUCUCAAGGAUCUACAAAUGGACCAAGAGAAACCUUACCAUCUGCUACACCAGCUCCUCAUGACGUGGAUAAUAUACUUAAAGAAAUGAUCGUACCAACGACGCCUCUACCGGCAAUGGCAGCAACUCCGAGAAUAGAACUGGAUACUAAAUACGCCUAUAAACUCACAAGGCUGACUGAAUCUGCUCCGGCACCAUCUUCUGUGAAACGACGUGAACGGCAACUAUCUACUCGCCCAUCAACAGACUUAAGAGGUGAUCUCGAGCUUUCAGAGGAUAGUGAUGAUGAAAAUAAAGACUCUCUACCUACGUCCAAUCCAAUAGGAAGAAUGUUAUCACCUCUUGGAGCGACACCUGCCAUCCACACCUCCAGAAUGGAACGACCGCCGGAACCUCUAGCACCAAUGCCUUCAUCACCAAUCAGCUCAUCUAGUGAUUCUGGUUCAGAUACUGGAAGUGACAGUGAUUCAAGUAGCGAUGACUCCGGAGACGAAAAUGUCCAAUCUGUGAGCCCAAAAGUAGAGCCUCCUACAGAAGCAGCUCCUCUAGCCUCUCCUAAGGCCGAAGAGCUUCGAUGGAACCUCGCAUCAUUUGUACCUUCGAGCAGUCAAAAUUUAGUGAGAAAUGCUACCUCACCUAUCUUAUCCCCAGUCAAACCUUCGCCUUUACCUAAAGUGUCUUCUGAUGAUGAAAAUAAGAGAGCCACCGAAGAAUCAGAUGCGAGCGAUUCGUUCAAUGAUAAAUUAAUCGCUGAAGCCAAAGCUCUCGCAGCUCUAACCGACUUUCCUUUGCUGUCCAGUCUCUCCGAUUCGGAUGACGACAGCGCGCGUGUUAGUAUAAAAAGGCGAAAACAUACCAUAAAUACAGUUACCAAUCCACCCGUUAGUGAUAGUGAUAGUGACACAGACAACGACAGGACAAGAAGGAUAAAACCAGUAAGUCGGGUUAGUCCUAGGACGAAAUCGAUAGAUACACAUAGUGAUUCCGAUUCUGAACCAACUAAAACGUUUAUCCCGGUAGUGACUAAACCAAAAUCUCCUGUGCCUGUUAUAGUAGCUUCAGAAAAAGUGACUAAACCUGGUCGUGGUAGGCCAAGGAAAAAUAAGCCUUCCACGGAAACGGAUACCAAGAAGCGUGGAAAGGAAGUUAAAAAACGUGGUAGACCAGCAAAAGUGAAUAAAGCUAGGUCAUGUAGUGGGUCUUCAGGGCCAGAGGUUCGAAAAGCAGCUAAAAGGGGCCGGCCUCCAAAGCAACAUGUGCCUAGAUCACCAAGUUCUUCCGAUGAUGAAGAUAGACCAAAAUUCGAGAAACCCCCUCCGCCUUCACGUCGUCGAACUAAAUCAAAAGUUGCAACAUCCAGUAGUUCUGAUAGUGAUACUUCAACACCGCAGCGACGUAAAUCUAACAGCAGUAUUAGCAGUAUUAGGCAUGAAUCGGACAAUUUGAAAAAGCCUAAAUUUAAAGAGGAACGGAAACGGUCGAAAAAAGAUUCUGAUGACGAUGAAUGGGGAAAAGAAAAUAAAGCCAUUUUGAAGAACCAUUUCAAAGAUGGAAUGAAUUCUUUAGAACCCGUCGUCAAGAGUACGUCUCCUCCACGACGAAAAAGUCGAAGUACAAAAAGACUGUCCGAACCACAAAAUGUUCCCUUUGCUCCCUCGACAGAUUCCAGUAGUGAUGAUGACUCUAAGGUGAAAUCAUCUGUGAAGCCAAAAUUAGAUAGAUCAUCUUCAGAGGAAUUUAUAAAAAGGAUAAGUGAUUCUGAGAGUGACAGUAAUUCAAUUUCAAAGAAACCUCCUAUUAAAAUAGAUACUACUAUUAAAGUAGAUGAAAACAAAACAAUUGCGGAUAAGAAGAAGAGCGACACUCUCAGGAAAUUAUUCACGCCCAAGAGAGAUUCUGAAGGUGGUAAAGGAGGUGGUAAAGGUGGAGGAAAAGGCGGUAAAGGCGGCAAAGGUAAAGGUGGUGUAAAUGUGAUUAUAGUCGAUGGAGAUUACGAACGAAGUAGUUCAUCUGUAGAAGAUGAAACAAUGCCAACAGCUGCGUCUGCCAGCUCGGAAUCAGCUGUUGCAGUACUUCCACCUCCCCCUGUUCCUGUCAAAGAGAUAGUCAAAAAAAGUCCUACACCUUCUAUUCGUCCAGCAUCACCUAAAGAAGUUGCCGAAUCUUUAAGUAAAGAAAAGACUGACAAUGAUAGUGAAAAAGGCAAAUUCAUGGUGAAAAUUGAAUUACAGAAAUUAAAUAUCAGACAUAUUCCCAUACUUCACAAGCAUUUAGAAGCGACAAAACCUUGGUUGCUGGAAUCCAAACUAGAGGAGAAUAAAGAAGGGAAACCAUCUGAAAUUGAAGAAGUAAGAGAAAAAUUGCCAAGUAAACCAAUGAAAGAAAAUAAGAAACCACAAACACAAAUUGAUGAUGCAUCUGACCAUAAGCAUAAAUCAAAAAAACGAAAGCGAAGGAAUAGCUCCAGCUCUAUAUCCUCCCAUUCAACAGUUAGCAGUACUUUGUCUCAUAGUAGCUCUAACAGAAAAGAGUACCAUAAAAAAGAAAAAGCUAAAGAAACCAUCAAACAUAAGAGGCGGAAAAAUGAUACACAAAGAUCUCAAACAGAAAAUCUCAACCAAAAAAAUGCUCCUCCAACCAAUCAUGAAAGGGAAGCGAACAGAAUACCCACUGUAUCACAAAGCGAUCCUUCCCCAUCCACUAGUAAAUCUCAACCUAUCAGAGAGUAUCAUUCAUACUUUGAGAUGACAGAUGAGCAAUUGGAAUAUGGAGAUAAGGGUCAAGACCUGUACCUGACUGAUGCAAAAAGGUUGAAGCAUAUGGCAGAUAAAGAGACUGACAUAAUAAAACAGUGUAUGUUAUACCUUGAAGCUGUACUAUUUUUCUUAUUAACUGGAAACGCCAUGGAACAUGAAAAAGUUACAGAAAAAUCUGCCUUCACUAUGUACAAAGAUACUCUAUCAUUAAUAAAAUAUAUUUGGUCUAACUUCAGAAAUCAACAAAAUUCCUCCCCUGUACAUAAUAUACUUGCUGUUUUAAGUUACCGGUGCCAAGCUCUUCUAUUUUAUAAAUUAUUUAAAAUGAAAAUAAAGGAAUCAAAAGAGCAUCAAAAGACCAUAAAUGAUUAUUGUACUAAGAACCCAGGUGCUCUUAUAGCCCAAGAUCCUCAGAACCAGCAACAGGGCCAAGGAACUCCUUCUCCACUAUCACCCACUCCAUCUCCGGCAGGUUCAGUGGGUUCAGUAGGCAGCCAAUCAUCAGGUUAUAAUAGUGGAGAAUUAGCUAGCAGAGGUAAUGUACCUGUUAACACCCACUCCCAAAAUGCCGGAUUAUGGGUCCCCCUUCCUGUGUACACUGCCAUCACUAAACAAAACCAGCAGUUUACAUAUCUUCUGUCAUACCAAGAUCUCUGGGAUAUGGCCGACUCCCUUGUCGUUAAGGGAAAACAUACUGAUUUUUUUAUUGAAUUGGAUAGACAAUGCAAACCCCUAACCAUGCACAGCUCCAUCAUCGAUCUAGUGCGCUACGUACGUGAAGGCAUUAGAAGACUAAAGGCUGAUAGGAGUUAGGAUUCAUUUACACCCAAAUUGUACAUAGAAGAAAUGGAUUUUGUAUAUAAUGAAAAACAUGUAAAAAAUAAAAUACCAAAGAAUGCACCUCGUCAAUUGUUUCGUCAAUAGAAUCGCCUCCCUCCUAUCUUAUAAAGAUGACAUAGGGUGUGUAUUUUCGUGAACAAUAAAUAGUGUUAGUGAGUCCUUCAAAAAACUCUGAUCUUCAUCAAUUUCUAGACAACGAUUUUGCUACAUAAAAGUUUAUUUAUUUUUAUAUGGAGCAAAGUUUCAUUUUAUAUUAUGUUAUGGACAUCUUUACGGAUAGAUUAAAAUUGUGUUAAUUGGGUUGUCAAUCAAGCAUUGUCUGGAUCUUGAUGAAUUAACAUAUCCCUCAGGGUACCCACUCUGCUCCAAUCAUAGUUAUUGUUUACCAGUACUACUGCAUAUAAACUUGUAAAUGUUUAUAGGACAAUAAGUCAUAUGUUUUAAAGGUUGAAUUUAGAAAUGUAUUUUUAUCUAAUUAUUCAUUUUCCCCUACACCAAACUUUUUGAUUGAAAUUGUAAAUAAAAAAUUGAUAUAUCUUGAUUUUAAAAUUUUUUCAAAAGUUGAAAAUUGGAAUAUUUGUAAAUAUUUAAUUUAAAAUUAAACAAACUAUACUUUUAUUAUUUUUAUUUAUUUAAUGUUUUACAUCGCUAGGUAGAAAUAUUGUAAUAAUUGAGUACACAAUAGAUCAACUUGGAAGUGUUUAUUAGGAUCUACAAAACCUUAAAUACCAGGUUAAAAGAGAUUUUAAUGAUUUUAGAUAAUUGAUUUAUCUAGUAUAUUGAUCUGACAAAGUUUCAUGAAAAUUUUGUUUCUCUUCUUAUCGAAGUCAUUAUUAAACAAUUUAAAUUAAUGUUUGAAAUAAAAAAAAUAUAUUAAUUCCCUAUAUAUGUGCCAAAAGUGUUUUGCUACAGAAAUGCAAUGAGUAAUAAAUUAAAGGCCUAGAAACAUUUACCAGUUUCUAUAUAGAGAGACUGGAAUCGGGAGUAAAAACUAUCACGAACAAAAUUUAAUAAACUUAUAGGGUGCAGCAAACUAAAUAUUUUUACAUAGUAGAAUUCCAAGUACAUAGUGUAUAUUUUUUGUAAAUAAUGUAAGCUAAAAUUAUAUAUUUACAUCUUGCUAUAUUUGUACAAUGCCUAUAGGCCUAGAGAAAUCAAAUUUGCUACAUCUCAAAUCGGUUGUGGAUCUAAGAUGUAGUUUUACUAAAAAAUUAGUGGUAGAACAGUUCUCGAGCUAAAAAUACUUAAAAAUAGGGAAUUUGCCUGUCAAUUUAAUCCCAAACAGGGCUAUAAAAGUAUUUUCAUAUGGACUGUUCUAUGUAUCUUUGUUAUUUUUGCAUAUAUAUAUUCUAGAAAAUAAGCCUGCAUAUAUUGUAUUGUAUGUAUAUCAUGUAUAUUUUAUUCAUUUUAAAUUAUUUUUAUUUUUAAUUAGUUAUUAGGCCAUUUACAGAAAAAUGAAUCAAAUUUAAAACAACUUUUUUAUCUUUGUUAUGACAUGUAAUGGCAAAAACUUAAAUGUUGAGUUUAUUUUUUAAAAAAAUAUAGAUUUUUGUGAUUUGACUUAUUUUUAUUACAAUAUCGCUACAUUUUUAAUGUGACAAUCAAUUUUAUGAAAAUAGCUUGAUUCCAGAAAAUAUUUACAACCAUAUAAAUUACAUAUAUGAAGGUGUUGUUGAUUAACUAAAAUAAAAAUUUCUACGACCAAAGUCACCCUUAAAUUUUUAGUUGAAUUUAGAAAUCAAAGGCAAAGGUGUUCUGCAAAUACAUGUACGUUCAUCAAAAGUAUCAAAAAAAAUCCUUUCUAAACUCUAAGAAUUAAAUUAAAUUUAAAGUUUGUAUGACUGUUUUUGGAUUUCUCAAUAAUUUCCAAUUAUUUAUUUAGGGAGAAAUUAUAGAUUAUUUUUCUGCAGAAAUUUAAAAAAUACAUACCUAUUUAAUUAUAAUAUAAUCAUAUAUUUCUUUAAAUUAUUAUAUGAAGAAAAUUUUAGUUUACCUAUUUAGAAACCAAAUUUUAUUUUGAAGCACAUAAAAUUACUCUAGUGUCUCAAUUAAAUUACAGGGAAUUUCAAAUAAGAAGUUGAUUUUUAUAUCUUUUUUUUUCAAUUCAAAAUCAAUAAUUUAAUAAUUUGAUAUCCAAAUCAAAGGAAAGUAGAAGAAACAAAACUUUGAAAUGUGCAGCAACUACCGCGGAGAGGUGAAGUACAUUGUGUAGUGUACAUAAAAUUGUAGAAACUUUCAAUUACAGUUUCAUAAAAAACAAUAUUCUCUCAGCUCAUAGAGUGUCAAUAUAAAUGUUUAAGACGAACAAUCAGUACUAAACUAGUUUGUAAUGAACACACUAUACAGUAAAAUGACUUAGUUUAUGAAAAUUAUAAAAAGAGAAUAUCAUUUUUAGAAAAUAAUAAAUACCACAAAUUAUACAAAUUUUCUAGAAUUAAUGUUGUUUCGAAUUGUAUUGCAAGUUGGGGACUCAAAAUAAAACUGUCCAAGAGUUUUUUAAAAUGCCAACAUUUCGAUCUUUUAUUUGAUCUUUAUCAAGACUAAAAAUAUAUGAUAGAUUAUAACUCAAACAUUGAUGAAGAUAAACAAGUAAACAAAAAAAUGUGAAAUUGGAAGCAAAACAAUAAUCAGAUACUGUUACAAUAUAAAUAUUUAUACAUGUAUAUAUAAAUGAAUAGGACACACUGUAUAUAAAACAAGACAUAUAAAUAUAACAUAAACAAACAAGAACAUUGUUGUAUAAAACAGAAGAACAAAAGUCAUUUAAAGAAAUCAAAACAUACAUAUAUAAGUAAAAACCUGUUAAAACAACAUACUUUUUUAAAUUAUUAGACGUCAGACAAAAGAUAAAAUACAUAUAUACAUAUUCCGUAGGAAGAGAUAAUUUUUCUGUUAAGAUACAUCUAUCAGUGAAUGGAUACUUCCAAACUUUUCCAAUAUUAACAAAAGCAUGAACGGUAAAAACUGUUGGAAUUAUUCUAAUUAUUACCAUCAAGUACUGAUUCGGUCAGUGUGGGUUUACUUAGAAACAUUCAAUAGAUGGUUAUAUUGAACACCGAGAUUGGCAGAGAUGUAUUUCGCUGAUGGAUCUUUUUGCAUAUUUAUGUUCUUUAUCCAGAAUUUUCACGUAAUCAAAAUUAAAGUUGUGAUCAUCAGUGAAAUGAUGAUGUGCCAGAGCUGUUUUAUCUUUUUUGUUCUAAUUAUGUUCUCGUUAAUGUUGUUAACAGAACAAUUUAUAAAAAAUAGUGGUCAGCAAAAAGGUAAAGCAUGUACUGGCUAAAACUUCUAAAUAGUGACUAGUAUGACUCAUGCAUUUAUUUUCGCUUUUUAAUUGCUGGCAAUUGCGAAUUACGGAAUAGGACUUGUUUGCUGUCAUUGUCAAAUUAUACAAUUUUUCACUGUUCUAUUUUUAUUGCAACAUAGGUGAAGAUAUAUUUAUUCUCUGCUAACAAAUUUAUCCUAUGGUCAUUAACGUUGAAAAUGUUUGUUAUUCUCAAAUACAUUUCAAUACUUAAUAUAGUCAUAUCAAGCUGUGCCAAAAUUGAAAAAUCAAAUAACUGACCAAUUUUUUACUUUUACAAAUUCAUGCAUUUUUGGCAGAUUACUUGGUAUAUUAAAAUGAUAUAUUAAAAUACAAUGAAAUCUGGACUAUAUUUAUAUUUAAAAAUGUAGCGAUUUUGUAUAUAACAUACAACAGAACAAGGUUUGGUUACAAGAAAAACAAAAUAUUUUUAUCACUGUCAUAUAAUAAAUGGAACUAUUUAACGACAUUUAAACUGAAUUGGAAUGGCAAGUAUUUUUGAUAUUUGCUAAAAAUGUGGGCUGGAUGGGACCAAAUGGAAAAUAUAUAGAACAUGUAUACGACUGUGGUGAUAUGGUAAAAAAUCUGUAUUUUAAUAUCAACGAUUUUUCGUAAUCUUUCUAGCUGGCCUACUUUCAUUGAAAAAGACUAUAGUUUGAGAUGUUUUCAUUGCAUUAAUUGUUUUUGAAUUCAAUUUAAAAACUUAAUUUACUAAUCAUUUUUCCUUAUUGUAUUUUCUAUAUACUUCAAUUGAAACUGCUAAAGCUGAUCUUUUUAUGAAUCAAUAGGUUAAAAAAAUCAUUUGUUGAAAUGGUUUAAACUUACUUAACUAAGUUUAAUAAGUAAUAAAUCUAUUAACAAUUCAUUGUGAAAAAUUAUAUACUUUUUUGCGUUCAAGAAAAUUGUGAAAAUCAGAAGAAUAUUUUUUAUAUAAUUGCCAGGGAACCUGUUUAAAAACUUUGAAAACAAAUUCACUGACUAUAUAUGUCUAAUUAACAAAUAAAAUUAAUUUAAGGGUUUUCCGGACUCUAUGAUCGGGUUACCCGUUUGCUGUCAUUGAGAAACUGAAAGGAGUAACUGGGUCAUAGUCAUAUAAUAGAAUUCUUUCUACUCUAGUAUAUAGUAGGUAAAUUAAUUGGUUUUGUUCACUUUUGCUUUUUUUUAACCUUAAGUUUUGUAUUAUGUACAUGGUUAUUUUUUAUUAUUUUUAUUUGUCGUAAAAUACGUGAGUAGAUAAAUCGUUAAUAACUGUUAAACAAUAAUGAUUAAACCCAUAAAAUCUAUUAUACAACUGCAUAAAGUAAUACAAAUACGUGUUUUUGUAAAUCAGGCUUAAAAGUUGAAAUUUACACCAAAAACAGAACACGAGGUUCCAAAACUCGAAAAUAUUUUUCUGUGUUAAGAUUCACAAUCUACCAAAUCUCGGAUCAUAUGUCCGAAAAGCAUUGAAGACUUUCAACACAUGAGCUUUAAUAAGUAACAAAUUUGUGGCACUCUUAACUAGAUUCUACCUUGAAGACGGUACUGCUGAUGAUAGUUAUUAUAAUGCAAAUGAAAAUGUAUUAAGAAUCUGGUUUGAUUAAACUUAUUAUACAAAAUGACUUGCUAAACCUAUUAAAAUUCACAUAUACAGUAUAUUUAUAUAUGAAUAUUGAAUAUUCAUAAUGAAUAUUGAGCUUUGAAAUUUUGAAUCCCAUGAAUUUAAUGUUUUUACAAGAAUUAACAAAAUUUAAAACCACGGCAAAUCUUAAUUAUUUCCCAGACUAAACGUCUAUUCUUUUCUAUUCUAUCUAUUCUUAUUCAUUGCCAAUCUGAGGUAAUUUUUUAUUAGUUUUAGUCUGGAAAAUGAUCUCUUGCCAGAGGCAACGCUUACUAAAAUUGUUAAGAGUAUUCCGAAAGUAAUAAACAUGGAAAUGCCGUUGCUCUAUCCUUAACCGAUAAAAAUUUUAACAUUUUAAAAAAUUCUGAAGGAUAAAUAUAUUUCAAAGCUUCAAUAUCUUCAAUUAACAUUUUUCCAUCUAUAUGAGCUUCUUUCACUUUUGGUAUAUCAUUUUCUGUUAACUCGGGAUCCUUUAGAGACAUUUCUAAUUUCGUUACAUGUUUUUGAAGUACAUCUUUUUCUGUUUUUUGAAAUUUUCCCAGAAACCGAAAUAGUUCAUUAUAAUUUUUAAAUUGUCAAAACUAUCUUUUAGUGAUUCUGUAGCUUUAUCUAAAAAAAUUUAAAAAAAAGAUAUCUUGUAUGGGUGUCCAAUGGGUUCAUCAUCACCUUUAUAGUUAAGAUGUUUCUUUUCUGAAGCCUUUUAUUGCGAAAUUCUGUUGAUACUUCCAAAUCGUUCUUAAGAGUUUUUGCUUGAACUAAAACUUGAUUGAAUCCAGUAUUUCUUUAGCUGCUCAUAAAAGUUUUUCAAAUGAAGAAAGUGCAGAUGUGUGUACAGAUUCACUUUGAUGUUCUUUGCUAACAUAAUUGAUCUGACACCAAAAAACCAGUAAUACUAAAAAUUUAUAGUCUUUCUCAUCAACUUCUUCAACUUUGUCAUUAGUUUCUUCUUCACCUUUGUCUUCAUUAUCUAUUUGUAAAAAUUUGUGUAAAUCACCUCUGAGAUUCUCCGUUUUCCUUUUUGCACUUGUUGUCCUUUUUAGACUACCACUUUAUAUACUGAUCCCAUAUCUUCUUCUCGUUUUUAGAGGAUUUUAAUCACAUAAUAUAUUUAAAUUUUCAAUUUAAAAAUAAUUGUUUAUAAAGAUUAUAUUAUAUAAUUAAUACGUACCUUAUCCAACAAUAAUUGAAUACAGUUUUGCAUACCAACUCCACUGUAGGCUUCACUUGUAUAUAUUGGUAUCGCAAAAACUGUCAGACUCGGACUGAAAUAUGAAGUCUUGAAAUUAAGGUCCUGAGGAUCCUGUUCGAAAUCAUAUCUCACUUGCCAUUUAAAUGUCAUCCUUAAUUCCGAAACAGUUUCUUCAACAUCACAGCAGUUUUUAUUAUUUCAUCAAGAUCUUGCAGUUCGUACUUUUCAAUACUAUCUAUCUGUACAAAAAUAACCUGUUUUCUUCCCUUUUAUUACUCAGCUGGGUCUCUAAAAGACCCCAUCUAUCUAAUAUUAUUAGCAACUGCAUACAUUCGUUUUAUAUUAAACUAGACGCAUGUUUAUGCAAGUCAUUUUAAGUAAAAAGAACCCUUUCUAGGUGAUCUUAGUUAAGGAAAUAUAAAAAAAAAACAUUAUUUUGACAUGGCAAAAUCUUGGCUAGGCAAGGUAUUGACAUAAACAAUAAAAUGAUCAUAUUCUAUCAAAGCAAUUAAGUAUUAAAUCAGAUGCAUGAGAAAAUCAUUUUUAAAAGAAAUUUUUAUUUGCACUAUUUUUGAUAGCCAAUCAUAGUUUAAGGAAUAUAGAGUCGAAUUUGUAAGUAGUAAGUUGGUUUGGUGGCUUUAUGGACAUUAACCACAAUAAUUUUCACAUAAUUUAAUAAAAAGUGUUUUGUUCCAAUUUAUCUAUCUAAAACAACCAAAUUAUAAAUACCUGAGACUUUAUAUUAGUCCAAAGAACUUAAUCGAACUAUAUUCAUUAUUUGUAAUUAUCUUUCAAUGAAAGAAAAUUAACUACUCCUUAAAGAUUAUUAACACUUUAAAAAAUUUUUUAAAACAUAAAUUAUUGAAGUUUGAAUAUAUACCAUCAGAAUAAUUUUAAAUAAUGUAAAUCACAGUUUUCUUAGGUUUAAUGACAAAUUAUUGUUCAAAUAUUAUUUGAAUUUGUCUAGAAAAUUGCAAAUAAUCGAUAUUUCAAAUAACUAUUAUGCAAUGAUAAACAUCUCAGAUUUGUUGAUUUUGUUAUGUUUUCUUUAUUUUUUAAUAUGAAUUGUUUAUAUUAAAUUAUCUCUGUAUUUGUAUUUAAAUCAAAUUCAAACAUAUCGACCGAUUUCAGAAUGUUUUUUGUUUGAAAUAUACAACUUUAUUUUA